CAUACAGCAGCUGAAUCGUCUACCCUUCUUCUCAGUCUCUCGGGUUCCCGCUCCAGAUCUUCUAAGGCAGAUCUCCUCAUCCGACUCUCGUCGUUGACUAUCUUCCUCGCUUCAACAUGGCAAUGUCAACCAAAAUGGGUCGAGCGAUAGCUGGGCCUUUGCUGAUUCUGAACUUGAUAAUGUAUGUCAUAGUUCUCGGACUAUCAGGGUGGAUGCUGAACAGGGCUAUCACGAGAGGUAGUUUCGCAGGAAAUGCAGCGACUCCAUUCCUGGCUCUGAUUUCUCUGCUCGCUGGAAUGGUGGGAAUCGCCGCUAUUAUCACCGGGCUUCACCACUUGAAGGAAUGGAGAGGACACAGUGGUGCUGCUGCUCAAGCCACGUCGUGGAUCGCCUGGUUGUUGCUGGUUCUCGCCUUCUGUUUGGCCUGGAAGCAGAUUCACAUCGGAGGAAGGAGCAUCCGUCACAGAGUGCUGGAAGCUUUCAUUAUCAUUCUGACCUUGACCAAGCUUCUGUACACACUCUCUCUCUACCUCGGAGGUCACCGCAACGAGCACGCUCUACCCACCACAACCACCACGGGCACUCCCGUUGUGGACAACAAGCACCACCAUCACCAGCACAACCACGGAGGGACAGUUCCUCCAUCCAACAACCCCAUGGCGGCAGCAGCGGUCUAAGUUUUCUUUCUGGGUUUUCUGUACACUGAAUUGUACAGGUAUGUCUGGCGAUAUGUACAUAAAGAUUGUUCAUAGAAUGUUCUUUCCCGUUUGAUUACCCGCUGUCAGAAGGCGACCCAUUUAUUCUACUCAUCGAAGGUCCAUACAAAUCUCUUGUAUCUACUUCAUAGGCCUCAAGCAGUGGGUUUGAGAAUUUGACAGACAGUUU